AAAAGAAAACAAUAAACUUCAAACACUUUCAAAGAAAAUAAUAUACAAAUAAUGAAGCAGUCACUUAUUUCCAUCUUAAUACUUCUACUAUCAUCAUCAUUUGCACCCAUCCACGCCCGCAACAAACCACAGCCGGCAAAGUCUCCUUCACCCGUAGCUGCUCUAGCUCCAGGACCGUCAAAUUCUGAUUGCUCCAGCAUUAUAUAUGACAUGAUGGAUUGUCUCUCGUACCUUACCCCUGGAUCAAAUGAUACUAAGCCCACAAAAGUUUGUUGUGGGGGAAUUCUAUCUGUUCUACAAUAUAACCCUAAGUGUAUUUGCGUUGGUUUAGAAAGUAGCAAAACUAUGGGGUUUGCAGUGAAUAACACUAGAGCUCGUGCUAUGCCUACGACUUGCAAGCUCACCAUUGUUGCUCCUCAUUGCGCAAUCCUGGACGAGGCGACACCGGCUGCAUCUAUUGCUGUUACUCCAUCGGCUGGAACACCUAUGACUUCACCAUCUUCGGGCGGGUCACCAACAUCUUCACCAUCUUUGGCUGAGUCGCCGGUCAUGACUGCACCGUCUCCCUCAAGUUCUGGCACCAACCACCUCUCAGUUUCAACACUGACCCUCGUUUCCGUUAUAGUUUCUUCUGUAACAUAUAUUUCGUUUUUAUUUUAAUUAAUUACAGUUCACUCGUUUUCAUAUAUAUUUUCUACUGAGUUUUAUGGUUGUCAAUUUGUCAUUUGAAGGCAUAUGAUGUUAUUUUUAUCCGUGCCACGUUCAUGUAUAUCUACUUGGGAUUUGUGUCUUGUUUUCUCUUAAAAAACAAAUGUGCUGGCUGCACAAUUCCCUGAAAUUUUCCAACUCCAUACAAUAACAAAUUUCUCAACUUCAUACACUAACAAAAAUACUCCCUCUGCUUCAAAAAUGUCUAUAUUUUCUUAUAAAAAAUUGUUUAAAAAUCCAUAUUUUAUAUUUUUAAUACAUUAUUAAGAAUAAAUUGUAAAUUUCAGAAAAUAAUAAUUAGGUUGACAAAUUAUUUCUCCGCCUGAAAUAUUGUAUAACAUCAAAUGUCUCUUAAACAAUGACCGCAUUCGAUAUAUCCUUGAAUUUAAAUUCCAAAAUCGUAUCCUACAAAUUGAGAGUUCAAAACUCCAAAUCCCCUAAAAUUAAAGUUCGCAACUCGAGACUCCAUAGACUUUAAUUACAGUGGUUUAAAGAUAGUUUAGUACUUUGUAAUCAAACCAUAAACCUUAUAAAUCAGAUUUAAAAUCAAACUAAUACCCUUUGAAGGGUUGACGAGCUAUUUUUAAUGGGCAUUAAUUUGGUCUUAAAUCUCAUUUAUAAGGUUUAUAGUUUGAUUAGAAAACAUUAAACCCUCUUUAAACCACCCUCUUUAAACCAAUAUAAUUGAAGGCUAUGGGUUUUGGAGUUCCGAACUUUAAUUUCAGUGGUUCGGGAGUUUUAAUUUGAACCAUCGCACAAAUUUAAUUAAUUUAUGGAUUCACUUACAAUAAUGUCUAGAAAUCUUUUAAUUUGCGAUCAAAUUUCACUUAAAAUUUAAGUUUUCGGCUUAAAUUUAAUUUUUAACUUAAUUUGCGUGACGUCUUCUGAGAAGUCUGCUUGAGAGGUCUUCCGAAAAGUGGACUUGAGAAGUCUUGUAAUAAGUCUUCCGAGAAUUCUUCUUGAAAAGACUCUUUGAAUCUGAAAAAUGUGCAUAUCCAAAACGUUUAUAUGGCUUCAAAACAAAGGAAAACUUUAAAAAUAAAACUUUCAUGCUUAAUAUUAAAUAAAACAAUUAUGUUAGGUUAAAUCUAUACCUUUUCGAAUCUAACAUAUAAAACACACAAAAAUACAUAUUCAAAAUUUAUAGACCUACCUUCACGGGAGUGGAAGAUGAAAACCAUGAAUAAAAACCUGCAAAACAAGAUAAAGUAGUGAGAAAUACAUGAGACAAAAAGAUGAGAAACUGAUAUAAAAUUUGGUAUCUUCAAGUUCAAAGAGAUUAGAAAGAAAUUUGAGAAUUUUAGAGAGAAUUUUAGAGUGAGAAAUAUUACAUUUUUGUUGCAGCCAUUUGAAAGAAAGAGAAAGAAUGUGUACAUAUAUUUUCUAUAUAUAAGGAGACAAAAAUUCCAACUAGGUUAAAUAUUUUUGGUUCAAAAAGUCUUCAAAUAUAAAAUACACUAGAAGACUUCCUAUAAGUCUUCUAAACCUUAAAUUUACUAUUCAUCUCAAAAACCUUUCUAAGAAAAUUUCUCCAUAAGUAUUCUCAACUUCUGAAGAAGUUUGCCAAUGAAGUCCGAAGUACAACUUGAAACACCUGCAUAUCCAAAACAAAAUGGUUUUAAAAUAGAGAAAAACUUCAAAAAUAAUUCUUUUAUGCUUAAAUGAUAAAUAAAACAACCACAUUAGGUUAAUCUGCAAUGUUUCGAAUCUAACAUGUAAAACACACAAAAAUACAAAUCCAAAAUAUUUUGGUAGAUGGUUUCUCAACCAAUUUGGUUAUAAUUAAAAAUAAAUUUUAAAUAUAUACUUAAACCAAAUUUAUUAUUAAUAUCCUUAUAAAGUAUUAGAAAUUAGAAAUAUUAUAUAUUUUAUUUAUUUUUAAUUAAUGAAAUAAUUCUAUUAUGACUUUUGUACUAUAGAUUUUUUUUGUACUACAGAUUUUUCUAAUGACUCUAUUUUAGUAUAAUAGAUAUGGACACUGUGUGAGGUCCAAAUUUUAUAUAAUACUACAUGAUAACUCGCGCGCAUGUGCAGUCUGAAUUUUUUAUACUAAUGUUUGUUUACUAAAUAAUUUUAACAUUUUGCAACACUACAAUCUUUAUCGAUUAUAAAAUGACGAAUAAAAAUGUUAGUCUCUUAAAUAUAUUAUCGUUAUUGAAAAGUUAAUAUAUUACAUCUCAUUAAGACUUCAUAUGCAUAAAAAGAAAUUAAGUUUUGCGGCUAAUACAAAUCAUAAAAACCAGAUAGUCAACAUCAAUGGUAAAAUGACGAAAGUGGAUUAGGUUUUGUGCUCUCGAUUUGUUUACUAUUGACUCUCUAUUACUGAUAUCAUUUUUCAUCUCUAUAAAACUGUGCUUUCGUUCUCGUUUUUGUUUCAUUGAUAUGAGUUUUUUUUUUUUAAUUUCUUCUAUGAAUUCGGUGAAUUACAUAAGUGUCAAUUUAAAAAGAUGGAUAUCUGUAAAAAUUUGUUUCAUUCCAUAUACAUAUCUAAGAAUUAAAUUUGUGAAGAAAAUCGCACGCAAACUCUAUUCAAAUGUUAGUGUUUAAAUAUAAUAUAUCAAGCGUUAUAGAAUAUAAGUGUAGACUUGAAAUAUAAAUGUUUGUCUAAUGUAUAUUCACCAGUUCGGUCUAAAAAUUAUUUAAUUAUAAAAAAAUAAAACAAAUUACUUAUUUUAUUAACCUACACUUUUGAGAUUUAGUUACUUAAGAGUAUACCGAUACAUAUAUAUAUACAUAAUACUUUACCCUUCUAGUAUAUGUAAACUAUGUAUAAAGUAAUAAACAAGAAAACUUAUAAUAAAUAGUUCAAAUCUCAUUCUUAAUAUUAUAAUAGUUAUAUAGGGUAUUAAGGAGAAACAAAUAUUAGACGAAUGAUCAAAUCUCUUAUUCUUCAAACAAACUCAAAGGGAGGUGAUUGAAUUCGUGUCAUGAUUUUUUAUUAAAAUCUUCUUUUAAGAAUAAAAACUAAAAAUAAAAUAUUUAAUAUACAUAAAAUAUAUAUAUAUAUAUAUAUAAUGCUUUCAAUAUUAAAAAUCACUUCGAUUUAAAGAAGUAUAUUUUUUGGAUUGUUAGGAUCAAAAUGACUACUAGAAACAAUCUAUUUAAAAAAAAAUAUGUAUGCAUAAAAGUAUAUAAAUUAAAACCAAUUCCUUUUGUUUAUUUACAAUCAUGUUUUUGGUAAAAAAAUCAAAACAAUCAUUUUAUUUACUUUAUAUGGUAUAUAAUUAAACUUUAGUUAUAUUAGUAACUUUUCUAAAUUAAAGUCUUUUUUGAAUAUAACAUAUACAUUACAUCUUUUUUUUUGUUAAGAAUCAAAUAAAGGAUUCUUUUUCAAGAACAAGGAAUCUUUCAUUAUGAAUGCAAAGAUAAAACCCUUUUAAAUUCCGAAAUAAAUCAAUGAAAAAAUUGGUUACGAAGUCAUUCUCAAUACAAUUUACCUCAGAUUGCAUAGACUAGAUUAGUAACCCAAAAUUGGAAAAAAGAAUAACCAAGACUCUCUAGUUCUAAAUCCAAGUUUACGUCUUCCUCCACUAAUAGUUUUUUUUUUUGGAAAACUCCAUUUAUUCUUGUGUAGAUGGCGGGUAGGCCUAUAUUUCUUGGUUUCAAUAGGACUCCUUACGAGCGUUCUUUCUAUCUACUAUUAUCUAAAAUAAUCAAGUUAUUAAUGACUGGACGAAACCAUGAAAUAACCCCUCACGUGCGAAAUUAUAGAAUAUCCCCUUUAAGAUCAACCAAUUCCAUCGAAUUGAGUAUGAUCGUAUGUGUGAUAGCAUUUACUAUACCAGGAAUAUCAAUGAACCCAAUUAUUGUGAUUGCUCAGGAUACCCUUUUUAGCUUCUAGAAUAUAUUUCUUAGUUCAAGAUCCCUCUUACUAACUGGAAUCAAAGAAUUAGUAGAUCGAUUCUGCCCAAAAUGGGAAUGGACUAAGGUUAUGAACUUAUAAUCUAUAAUCUGAUGAUUGAGUCGAUUCCAUGAUUAUAAGUUCAUUCCAUACCAGACCAUACCGGAAUAAGUAUUGACAUAGAUAUAUAUAUAUAUAUAGUAUGUUUUAAUAUAAAUAUUUAUUAUUGACACUUCCUACUUAUAUGAUUUAUUAACAUUUGUAUAUUUUUUGUAACAAAAAAUUUAAACCGUUAAUCACAAAAAAUUUAAUGUGAGAUUUAUCAAUACAAAUUUUAAAAUUAAAAUAUUAAGAUCUCAAUAAUUUUUAAUGCAAAUUUUGAAAUUAACAUAUUUAUUUAUUUUCAUAUAGUAUAUAAUUAAAUUUAAAUGGUUUAAAUAUAUAUAUAUAUAUAUAUAUAUAUAUAUAUAUAUAUAUAUAAUAUAAAUAUCUAUUAAUGAGACUUCAUAUUUAUAUGAUUUAUGAUCAUUUGUAUCUUGCUUGAACAAAAAAAAGGUAAGCCAUUGAUCACAAGGGACAAUGAGUUAAAUACCCUCAGUAAGACCCAAAAUUAGAUGUUUGUCUAUGGCAUGAAGUAAUUGAUCAUCACAAUGUUUUUUUAGCACUGAAUUGCUAAUAUUACCCUUUUUCGUGUCUGACACAGGGUCCGCUGCAGUACUGACACAACAGUUUGAGUAGGUUUGGUUGGGCCCCAUGCGACUCUAUGUUGCUUUUGUUGGCAUCUUCUUUUCUUCUUUUUAUUUUUUCUUUCUUAUAUUUUUUUAAUGUAAAUCAUACUUUUCUCUUCCCACUUUUUAUGUAAUAAUAAUUUUAAUCAACAUGUUUACAUGAAAUAUUAUGCUAAUUGUUUAUAUCAUUGGUCACAUGAUUUUUGGUAUCAAAUUAUUUAUCAGCGACGUUUAAGAAAACUAUUUAACAACUAACAUAAUAUGUAUCCGAUAACAAAUUAUGUAUCAUAUAACAUACUAUUUAUCAAACAAUGUAUUGAUUCAUAAAUCAUAUAUGAAUUCAUCCAUGAACUAACAUACUAAGUAUCAAACAGUAUACAAUCUCACAAAAAGCUUAUCAAACCAUUUAUCAAUUAUACAAAACAAUUAUCAGUUAUGGACAAGUCUUUUAUAAUAUCUUAUCCACCAUUUAUCAAUUCUUUAGUAUCAAUCUAUGCAUCAACUAACAAAACAUGUUUCAUGUAACUCAUCAAUGAAUUUUUGAUGAACUACACUACAACUUGUUUCUUGGUUUAUGAUGAACUACACUAUAGCUCAUCGAUAAAUUUGACCAUCAAAUAUGUUACAAAUUUUGUUAGCGAGUUAACAUAUUUUGUAACAUGUUACACAUUUUGUUAACAUUGAAUUUUAUUAUUAACAUGUUACACAUUGUGUUACCCAAUUAUAUUUUGUUAUAACACAUUAAAAAGAUCAAGAACUUAAUAAUACACUAUAUAAUUCAGUAUUAUUUACUAUUCUAGCACAUUAUUGAUGAACUACACUAUAACUCAUCAAUAAAUUUGACCAUCAAACAUGUUACAAAUUUUAUUAGCAAGUUAACAUAUUCUGUAACAUGUUACAAAUUUUGUUACCUAAUUAUAUUCUUUUAUAACACGUUAAAUAAAAUCAAUAACUUAAUAAUACACUAUAUAAUUCAAAUUAUGACCAAAGAGUUGGCAAAAUUUGACCAUCGAAAAAUUUGAUUUGGUUUAUGAUGAACUUGGUUUAUGAUGAACUACACUAUAGCUCAUUAGAACAAAAUUUGGUUUAUGAUUAAUUACACUAUAGCUCAUCGAUAAAUUUGACUAUCAAAUAUGUUACAAAUUUUGUUAGCGAGUUAACAUAUUUUGUAACAUGUUACACAUUUGUUAAUAUUGAAUACUAUUUUUAACAUGUUACAGAUUUUGUUACCUACAUAAAUUUUGUUAUAACACGUUAAAAAAAUCAAGAACUUAAUAAUACACUAUAUAAUUCAAUAUUAUUUACUAAUCUAGCACAUUAUUUUACGGUUAACACAAAAAAUAAUUAACUAAUUUUAAUGUUAACGGACCAGAUAGAAAAAAUAGCAUGUUAUAAAACAAAUUAACAAAUUAAUAAUAACAGUAUCAUAUAUAUAUAUAUAUAUAUAUAUAUAUAUAUAUAUAUUUAUAUUUACUCUUAUAUUUAUGGCUUACCGUGGUAUGAUAAAUAUUAUAUGUGUUAUAGUAGAACCCAAACAACGAUAUAAACCAAAACAAAAUUAUUUAGAAAAAAAUUAAUUUCUAA